AUGGCACCUCUACCUUGCUCACCAGUCUCCAAUUCCACGGCUUCGGAGACAUCGUCGGAACAGGAACAGUCUAGUCUGCGGGACUUCGACUCGGCGAACGACAUCACCCCGCGACCAAGUCGAUUCCAUCCCGCAAAGGACACCCCGGUUCCACUGUCAUGUCCAGCUGUUCCAUCUGACUCGUUCUUUCCCGCUGAACAGCCAGUAAGGGAUACAGACGUAACAGGACGUCGGCGGAAUCCAUCCACCUACGGCAUCCUUCCGGGCGCUGGCGGGAAGAGGGAGCAGAAACAGCAGCAGCGGCGGUCGGUGAGCUUCCUCACCCACGCGCAGACGGAAACACCGACGACUGCUUCUUCGGAGGACAGCAGCAGCGACAAUACCAACAGCGACGAGGCGCGCGCAUUAGUCAUGGACGUAAAUAAGGCGAUUUCGCGCAAUUCGUCCAGUGGCAGCCCGCGCCGUGGUCUCGCCAACGGGCGUGGUCGGGGAGCGGAUCACGAAGCCGGAGAGAGCAGCGCAGAUGAGCAAACCGCGAUUGUGCGACGCCGAAGCACCUCGCACCAGGCAAACUACGGCGCCGUGCCCGUUGACGAGGCGGAUACUCAUCAGCGCGACCAGGAAGUGCCGCAAGAACGCCCUUCCCGGCCGCGAAAAGUCAAGUCCAGUCUCAGGACCAGCAAUAAUCGCAAUGGCAGGCGUCCAGGCCGAAAUCAGCAUGACUCUCCUCCCGCCACUGAACGCAACGGUCAUGACAGUAAUGGCUGGUUCAAAGGUUUGAUUGAGAAGUAUGGGACUGUCGAAUUGGAAAAUAAGGGAUCCGUCGCCAGAGACCAUCUCGCGCUUGAGAGAACCUUUCUUGCCUGGCUCCGAACCUCGCUAUCGUUCGCCUCUAUUGGUAUUGCUGUAACGCAACUCUUCCGCCUCAACACAUCCAUUGCGUCGCAUCCCGAUUCCGAUCAAAGUACACCCGUUGUUGCAGGGAGUAGACUACGUUCAGUCGGCAAGCCACUCGGUGCUACCUUUCUUGGAAUCUGYACGUUCUUCUUAAUGAAAUUCUGA